AUGAGCUGUCACACAUCAAGAUACUCUCGCUCUUUGUUUGUUUGUUUCUUUCUUUCUAUCUAUCCUUCUUUCAAUUCUUUCUUUCCAUUUAUCCUUUCUUCCAUUCUUUCUUUCCUUCUUUCUUUCUUUCUUUCUUUCUUUCUUUCUUUCUUAGCGAUCCCGGGGUUACAGUAUCCUGUGUUCCGUAUAUUGUCCAAACAAACGAAUAUUAUGAAACUUUCCAGUUUGUGUAUAAGUUGUCGCACAUCCGGAUGCUUUCUUUCUUUCUUUCUUUCUUUCUUUCUUUCUUUCUUUCUUUCUUUCCAUUUAUUCUUUCUUUCUUUCUUUCUUUCUUUCUUUCUUUCUUUCUUUCUUCCUUUCCAUUUAUCCUUCCUUCCAUUCUUUCUUUCUUUCUUUCUUUCUUUCUUUCUUUCUUUCUUUCUUUCUUUCUUUCUUUCUUCUUUGUUUGUUUGUUUGUUUGUUUGUUUGUUUCUUUCUUUUCAUUUAUCCUUCUUUCUUUCUUUCUUUCUUUCUUUCUUUCUAAGUGAUCCCCGGGUUACAGUAUCCUGUGUUCCGUAUAUUGUCCAAACAAACGAACAUUAUGAAACUUUCCAGUUUGUGUAUAAGUUGUCGCACAUCCAGGUGCUUUCUUUCUUUCUUUCUUUCUUUCUUUCUUUCUUUCUUUCUUUCUUUCUUAGCAAUCCCCCCCCGGGUUACGGUGCCCUGUGUCCAUUAUAUUGUUCACCCAAACGAACAUUCCUAUGCUUCGCUAAUUUUUUAAAUCCUACUCACGUAUAUAGGCUCAUACAAUGUUAG